AGGUUUAACCUAGUGUUUACCAUGAUCAUAUAAAUGUGACAAGUCGCUUCUGGGUAAAUUCUUAAACCUUUCCAAACGCAUUCCCAAACGGAACAACAAACCACGCAUAUAGCAGUCACAGCUAGAUUUCCAUCAAAUCUGCAAAGAUGGAUUCAACUAUGCGUAUGUGCGCUUCCUGCCGUCGCUACAUGCCUCGCUCGUCCUAUUCAGCCAACCAGUUCUCCAAGGGUACCGGCGAAUCGCGAUGUGCAGGUUGCGUUCAUGGGCCCCGUGUCGAUGCUCCAUUGACUGGUGAGGUUGAUAGUGGCAGAUACAACCAUUCCUGCGAUGCCUAUGUUCCGGGUCAUGAGCUCGACCACCCCUUUGCUGACGGCGCGUUUCGGUGGGUAGCUAAGGGAAGCUACACUUCGGGCUCACGCGAGGGCCAGGCAUGCGUCGUCAAGUGGUUCAAGACCGGCGCCGUCUUCGAGGAAGACUACUUCACUCUCGACAUCAAAGCCGUCAACAAGGCUUUAGAGAUUGUUAAUAGAUUCAAUCUACUUCACAUAGUCAACAAACCCGUCAAGGUCAACGUACCCGCUGUAUGGAGAGUUUAUGAGGCAUUUGGGAAGUGGGCGGGGCAACGUAUUCUUUGCGAACCCUUCAUCCAAAACUACCAAAAGUUCAACAGCAACACUGGAUGGAACGACGACUCAAAGGCGUGGGGAGAGGUCAUGCAGGCCCUCAGUCAUUUCAGCUACCACGUCACAGGCGGCCAGUUCGUCUUGUGCGAUCUCCAGGGCGGCAUCUACCAGCACAAGGCUGUCCUCUCCGACCCCGUCAUCUUGUCACGAAACCGCGACUAUGGUGUGACCGACCUUGGCCCCGAUGGUAUCAGCUCGUUCUUCAGCCAACACUGCUGCAACAACUACUGUCGCUCGAGCUGGGCGAAGCCUAUGAACCCAGUUCAAAUCUUCCGCCCAGUCCCCGGCACGACCAUGAUGAGACACGGGGUACCUACGCGUCGUUCCCAACCCAUGGAAACCUUUUAUUAAUCAUGGCUACGGCGGAUCGAGUAGUUUCAGCAUGCGGGUGCCGGCGCUGGUUUUCGCAAUACCGCGCCCUAUAGACACCGCCCAAUGAUCGAGGAAAUGGCUGAUAAUUAGGGAUGAUCUCGGUGUUAAUAAAGGCAUAUAUUUUGUAGCAGCUCUACCGGAGAU